AUGAGUCGGCCGCAAAGAGCAGUCCGCUCGCAGCGAUCGAGGAGGCGACCUAUAACCGCAGGGCUACUGUUGGCGUUGGGGGCUCUCUCGUGUGUGUCCGCGAACGCGCAAGCGAACUCCGGUGAAAGCUAUAAGGAAACACUGCGCGUGUCGCAAGGGUACGAUGGGAAAGUAGUGGCAGAGUUCGCGUUCAACCGGAAGAUAGGGCCUUUGGCGUUGGCUAAAGCAGAAGACAACCAAUACGGACUGUUGCCGCGAUCCAUCGGAGAAGUCGUGCAGACGUAUGGGGUGCAGGAGUUUCAUUUGACGUUCUCGCAAGGGAACUGGAAUUCUGCCAAAUGGGGAUACUCGUCUCUCGCCUCUGCGACCGGUGUUGAGUUGUGGACAUGGUUUAACACCACGGCGAACAUAGAUACGCAGUGGAAAGGUCUCACCCAUGCGUUGGCUGGACUGUUCUGCGCGUCGCUGAAUCAGAUUGAUCAGGCAUCUACGGCUCAGCCGUUACUGUCAUUCCAACCGGAAGGCGAGUACCCUUCAAAUCCAAAAGCAGGCGAAGGGUCGGAUUUGCACGUUCGCUAUGGACACUUGCCCCAUGAGGCUGUUUGCACCGAGAACCUCACACCAUGGGGCAAGCUGCUCCCAUGUCAAACAAAAGCUGGACUGGCAAGCCUGUUCAAUGCCUACCGGUUGUUUGAUGGAAGCUACCACUCGAUGGGUACACAUCUACGACCAUUAUGCAUGAAUGAGGCGUGUACAGAGCGUGGUCUGGAGUUUUCCCAGACUUUACUCGUGGUUCUAGACCCCAUCCGCUUUGAGAACAGAAAAGACUGGACCUUCAGCAGUCUCUUCGAACGGACAGUACCGUCCACGUGCGCAUUGGCUGAUGAGACCGACGUGCAGGUCACGGUCCCUAGCCAUCCCGCGGUUACGUUCACUCCAGAACCCAAGAGAAUCGUCAAUGGGUACACUGGAUAUAUCACAGCCCACUAUUUACUCGACCAAAGAUCGUCACCAACUUUUGACCUCGGUAUUCACUGGUCGGAUACGGCGGUGUCUUUUGGCUUUAAUCGCAAUGACACCUACAUCCGAGCGCAUCGAUAUGGAACCGGCUAUGGCGGCGAACGUGGAGGACUGGCCGUCGACCUGAUAAAUGAUCAUCCCGACAAUGAUCAGGAUAUCACCUUGUUCGACGCUGUGCCAUGGUACCUCAAGUUGUACCUACAUACUUUGCGCACGGAGACAACAGCCGGGAAUGGUGCAGAUAUCGUAAAGGAUCUUUUCUUCCAGCCGGCGAUUGACCGUGGACGCCCCGCUGUCCUUGAGAUGGCCAUGACGUUACCCGCAAACAGCACGACAACGCUAUACAUUGACUUUGACAAAGCGUUCAUCAAGUACACGGAACAUCCACCAGACGCGAAUCGCGGUUUCGAUAUCGGGGCUGCCAUCAUAACGUUCACUACCCCAUCCGGCGAAGACGGGGAUGUUCAAGGCAAAACACACCGAAUAUAUACUGAGAGCGUGCUCGUCAGCCUCCCGACGCCGGAUUUCAGUAUGCCUUACAACGUCAUCACCCUGACGUGCACCGUCAUGGCGCUGUGGUUUGGCAGUAUGUUCAAUUUGUUGACGAGACGGUAUGAGCCGUUGGUGAUCAAGGAUUAAUAUUACUCGUUCCGUCAUCGCACAUGGGA